UAUGAAGCUACAGCACAGCAGAAAUUCGCUGAAGAACUUCAAAAACGAGAACAGUUUUUAGCCGAACGAGAACAGCUGCUUUUCAGACAUGAAACCGCCUUGAGCAAAAUUAAAGGUGUUAAAGAAGAGGUUCUGACAAGAUUUCAAAUUUUAAAGGAGCAACACAGUAAGGAAGUUGAACACUUAACGGAAGCUCUUAAAGAAAAGACUAAAGAGAACAAGAGAAUGAAGUCCUCCUUUGAUACCCUGAGAGAACUGAAUGAUAACUUAAGAAAACAGCUAAAUGAAGUAAGUGAGGAAAACAAGAAGAUGGAGAUUCAGGCCAAAAGGGUCCAAGCUCGUUUAGAUAACUUGCAGAGGAAGUAUGAAUUUAUGACAGUACAGAGACUGAAAGGAGAUUCCCAUGCUGCUCAUGAAGUGAAAAGUUCAAAACAAGAGAAGGUACCAACUUCAAAACCUCCCAAGGUAGCACUCAAUGGACAAGUGUAUGAGCUGUUAACUGUUUUCAUGGAUUGGAUAUCAGACUGCCAUCUUAGCAAAGUGGAGCCUGAGGAACCUGGUGUAGACGGAGAAAAGCCACCAGUCAAGCCUUCCCAGAGAAAUGACAUUCAGAGAAAUGCUGUGCUUCUGUCCCCACUGCAGCUUUUGCCUAUGAUGACAGAGCAACUCCAGUGGAUGCCGCUGGUAAACGCCAAACUGCACCAGCCUUUUGUGAGGUUCAUCUAUUGGUGUCUGAGGCAGCUGGAUGCCAGCGCACAGCAUUCAACUAUGACAUCAACUUUGAGGAGAUUGGGAGAAGACAUAUUUAAAGGAGUUACAAUGAAGGGAACUCAGGAUAAUUCUUUAGAGCAUUCUGUAGAGAACAAAGCAAAGACAGCAGUGUUCUUCAAGAGCUCCAGCUUGUCACUGAGAUUCUUAUCAACCUUAAUUGUCCUCAAGACAGUCACUCAAGCUGACUACCUAGCUCAAGCAUUUGACUCCCUUUGUUUGGACUUGAAGACAGAUGAAGGAAAAUCCUUAUUUUUGGAGUACCAAGCAGUUCCAGUAAUCCUAAAACACCUGAGAAUGUCCAGUAAAGGGCUCUUAUCCAACGCCAUCGACAGCCUGCUUCAGAUGACAGUAGAGUCAAAGUCCCUGCAGCCUUUCCUAGAAGCCUGUAGCAACUCUUUGUUUUUUCGCACUUGUUCUGUGCUGCUGCGAACCCCUAAACUUGAUCUUCACAUCCUGGAAAAGCUCAGCAUUAUCCUACAGAAGCUUUCCAAAAUCAAGAGUAACAAGAAGCUCUUUGAAGUUUUUACUAUUCACCUAAUGCUUCAGGAACUACAAAGGACAACACAUCCAGAGCACGCCUUUCUCUGUAUUAAUCUCAAUUCAACUCUGUUCAAUCUGGGUUUGACAAAAUGUAACUCCCUGGUCGCCGGUACAAGCCAUUAG